UUGAGCUGUACCUACAGUAUGGUUGAAUGCUUGAUGUCAUGCUUCACCUACUGGCAAUCUUUCCAAAAGGUUACUUUAUACUUAAAGAUGAUCUAAUUUACCAAUGGAUCUCUUUGGAUUUCAUCAAGCCAACAAAAAUGCUCUCAACUAUACAACUCUGUGAAAAGUACAUUGCACGGCUGCUUGGACUUUCCUUCCUUCAAAAUUCAAUGUCACGAACAGUUGAUGGAGAGUAUUCUCAAUAUGAUUGGACAUUAUUCACCAUGCACGAUCUAGUGCAUGAUUUGGCAAUAUCACUCCUUAGCAAUGAAAUCCUGUUUCAGAGCAAACAAGGCAAUAUGAGGGGAAGCAGCUGUCAAUAUGCGAUGCUUACUGAUUGUAGCAAGCCACUAGAGUCAUUCACGAGUUCACCUGCCACGCUAAUAUCACUUUGUUUUCUAGACUACUGCGGAACCGAGCUAUCUAGUGCUGUAGUUGCACCUGCUAUGUCCCUGCGAGUAUUGGAUUUAACGAAGUGCUCCAUACAGAAGCUGCCAGAUUCCAUUGGCCAACUGAAGCAGUUCAGAUAUCUUAAAGCUCUUGGGAUCAAGGAUAAAAUGUUUCCAGAAUGCAUCACGAAGCUCUCGAAUUUGAUUUAUCUCAAUCUUCUCGGAUCUUCUAUUGUCGAAGUGCCAAAUUCAAUUGGAGAACAGGAAAGUCUGAUGUAUCUGGAUUUAUCAGGCUGUCAGCUACUAAAUGAAUUGCCAGUCACAUUCAGGAAUCGAGAAAAACUGGUGCAUCUGGAUUUGUCAAAAUGCCCAUUAAGGGGUCUGGGAAGACUCUUUCAUCUGGAUUUGUCAAAAUGCUGUAGUGUUCCCACCGUAUCAGAAUGGUUUGGCAGCCUGAGCCGAUUGGAGCAUUUGAACUUACAGCGCUGUUAUCUUGUUGGAAGAAAAUGGGACAACAUCAUAACUAAGCUACCAGAACUCUUGGUCAAUCUCACUAAACUCAGGUAUUUAAAUUUACAACGCUGCCUUGUUAGUUCUUGGUCUCAUACCAGCAGUACAACAAGUCUUUCCAGAGAACAUUUCAAAGGUGAGAACCUCAAGAAUCAGCUUUGGGCAUGUGCUAGAUCUAGUUCUGUUCAACAUUGGAAUGCUAACAUGGAGGCCAUGAAGGUUCUUGACUCUGAUGCUCAUGCUUGGCUUGAGAAAAUGCCACCAAACACUUGGGCUUCAAGUACUAUUGCUCCACACCAACCUCUAGGACCUCUGCCAGAUUGUUCUUACAUUGUAGCCAACCAACCUGUUCCACGGCCUGUUCCAGCUACCACUGCAUCCAAGACUAUCAAGGCAGCAGUGAACAAGCGAAAGGCUGCAGGAACCAAGCUGAAGGGUACAACAGGGAAGAAAGGAAAGAGCGCAGGGGAACAAGACCAAGACCGUAGGCAACACUACAAAGAAGAAGUAAUGAAGAAGCCACCUUUUGUGAAUGGCCGCUGCUGCUGA